AUAAAUAGUAAUAAUAUAAAGUUCACACUACACCACCAACUCUGCAUUUAUAAAUGCAACUAAACUAUCCUUCAUCACCAUCAUCAUAAAUAAACAACUCCAUCAAACAAAAAACCAAGAUUCAUUCAUAAAAACAUGAGAACAAGCAACCACUUAAUUGGUGUACUAAAUUUCCUAACCUUCUUACUCUCAAUCCCAAUCCUAGGUGGCGGAAUAUGGCUAAGCAGCAGAGCAAACAACACAGACUGUCUCAAAUUCCUCCAAUGGCCACUAAUCAUUAUAGGCGUUAGCAUCAUGGUUGUUUCGUUAGCGGGUUUUGCGGGCGCGUGUUACCGAAACACUUUCCUCCUGCGACUAUACUUGGUUGUUAUGUUUUUAAUCAUUGCGGUUCUUAUUGGGUUCAUUAUUUUCGCUUAUGUUGUAACGGAUAAAGGGUCCGGUCGAAGAGUGAUGAACCGGGGUUAUUUGGAUUAUUAUUUGGAUGAUUAUUCAGGGUGGUUGGAAGAGCGUGUUAAGAGUGAUGAUUAUUGGGGGAAGAUUAGUUCUUGUAUUAGGGAUUCUAAAGUUUGUUCUAAAAUGGGGAGGAAUUAUAACGGUUUUCCUGAAUCUGUUGAUAUGUUCGUUGCUAGAAAACUCACUCCUGUUCAGUCUGGUUGCUGCAAGCCUCCAACAGAUUGUGGCUAUGUGUAUCAGAAUGAAACAUUUUGGACCCUAGGAGCAGGACUAAUGGCAAACAACCCUGAUUGCAAUAAGUGGAGUAAUGACCAACAACAACUAUGUUAUUCAUGUGAUUCAUGCAAAGCUGGUGUGCUUGGUAGUCUCAAGAAGAGUUGGAGGAAAGUGUCUAUGAUCAACAUUGUUGUUAUGAUCAUCCUUGUAAUUGUUUACAUAAUUGCUUAUGCAGCUUAUAGGAACAACCGCAGAAUGGAUAAUGAUGAACCUUAUGGUGAAGCUAGGAUGACUAAGUCACAACCAAGUGCAUUUCAUCUUUAAUUACUUACUUUUUUUAUUAAUUGCACUUAGUUUAUGUCUAUUUGGAUAUAAUUGCCAAUGGAUUUUGGGGCUUGGCUUGGCUUUUGUAUAAUAGCUCUCUAGUAUGUAUGACUUUGGUUUUAAUUUUGGAACAAGUUGAAUGGUUCGAUAUUGUAUUUGUUAUAUAAUUGUUUACACUUUAUUA